AUGUCCGGCCUCAACGGCCUCAACAAAUCCUCCCCCUCCUCCAUCAUAAUCGGCGCCUGCCAAUCCCAACUCUUCCCCGUCCACACCCCCUCCCAACUCGCCUCCGCCGUCCAACACGUCGUCUCCCUCGUCUCAAAAGCCCGCCGCGCAUACCCCCUCAUGGACCUCAUCGUCUUCCCCGAAUACUGCAUCCACGGCCUCAGCAUGUCCACCUCCCCUUCCAUCCUCUGCACCCUCGACGGACCCGAGGUCUUACAGUUCCAACAAGCCUGCAUCGCCAACACCAUCUGGGGUUGCUUCAGCAUCAUGGAACCCAACCCUUUACUCCCCUCCGCGCCGUGGAACACGGGCCUCGUCAUCAAUCCCGCGGGAGAGGUGGUGAAUUACUACCGCAAACUCCAUCCCUGGACGCCCGUCGAACCGUGGUACCCGGGCAACCGAGGCGUUCCCGUCUUCACCGGCCCCAAUGGCCGAUGGGACGUGGGAUAG